AUGGAUGGUAUGGAUUCUAAUGUGCCUGUUGUGAAAGAUAAUGAUGAUGAUGAUCAAUUGCCAACACUAUCAAUAGACAGUUCAACUGACUAUUUUUCGGUAACUGUGUCGGAUGAUGAUGAUGAAAUUCGUCAAGCUCAAACGGCUUUUUCUGAAUUAAUCGAUGAAACAUGUUCACAUGAUUCAACUUCGGAGAAAAAUAUAUUUGAAAAUGCACAUAUUCCACAAGAUUGUUUUGGUUUUCUCUUUCGUUCAAUUAUACCAACACAAGAAACUAUUAAAAAAGAUUAUGAUUAUGAAUUACCAUCAAAUCUAUUUAAAUAUGAAGAUGGUGAAGGCAUUAAAUACGCUUUUAAAGUUCUUGAUCGUCGUACAAAUCGUUUAAUCUAUGAACAGAUGCCAUCCUAUCAUAGAUAUGGUAUGAAAUUAUUAUUUAAAGGUCCUGUUCAACGUGAAAUAUUACAUACAAGUACAAUAAGAAAUUUUUUUGCUCGUGAAACAUUACGAUUAGGUGAAGCAUUUGAUGAACCAAAAUCACGUAAACAUAUACCGGCGUUUGUUAAAAUGUAUCAAAUUAAUUUGGAAGAAUUACUUGAACCAAAUAUUUCAAUGUAUUUUACAUUUAAUGAAUUUUUUUAUCGAAAAUUAAAACCAAAUGCAAGAAUAAUUGAUAAUUGUGAUGAUCCAAAAAUAAUUGUAUCAGCUGCUGAUUGUCGUUUAAUUACAUUUGAUAAUAUAUCUGAAGCAACACGUGUUUGGAUAAAAGGUCAUCAAUUUUCUCUUCGAUAUUUAUUUGAAGAUGAAAAUCUAGCAAAAGAAUUUGAUGGUGGAUCAAUAGCAAUAUUUCGUUUAGCACCAGUUGAUUAUCAUCGAUUUCAUUCGCCAGUUAAAGGUACAAUUGGAAAUUAUAUGAAGAAAAUAACUGGAACUUAUUAUACAGUUAAUCCAAUUGCAAUUAAAGAAAAUUUAGAUGUAUUAACAAGAAAUCAACGAACAGUUAUUACUAUUGAUAGUGAUUGCUUUGAUAAAGUUGCUUUUGUAGCUAUUGGAGCAUUACUUGUUGGUUCAGUUAAUUUUACUGUACAACCAUAUCAAGCAGUUGAAAAAGGCGAUGAACUUGGUUAUUUUGCUUAUGGUGGUAGUACAGUUGCAAUUAUUUUUAAAGCUGGUAUGGUAAAAUGGGAUGAUGAUUUACAUCAUAAUUCUAGUAAUUCGAUGGAAACACUUGUUCGUAUGGGUGAGCGUAUUGGUCAACGAACGAGUGAAGAACAACGUCAAGAAUAUUUAUCACAUCCUUCAAGAGAUACUCGAGAAAAUUCAACUAUUGCAAAACUUUUAAGUUUUUUUCCUCUGACGAAUAAUACUAAAUUUAAAUAA